UGUCAUUGUAGAUACGCGCGUGUCACUAGCGCACUUUAAUGGCCGAUAUUAAAAAGUAAUCAUUAAAAGUAAACUGUCAAACGAAAGUGCUCUUCAUAUAAGUGGCGGGAAAAUAAUUAUGAAGCGAAACUGAAUUUAAAAGUGCCUUUCGGUGCAGAGAAGUAAUUAAAAACUCAACAAAGCGUAAAAUUGUGAAAAGCUGUUCUCGAUUUGCUGACAUUUGGAAACAUGUUCGCGUUUUUUUGUCGCACGUUUGAAUUUGGAAUGGAAAUAAAAAGCAUAUCUGUUGCAAUAUAGGCAAAGGAAAGAUCUAAACAGCCAAGUUUCUAGUGGAUAUUGGAAAAAGUUUUCUCGAUAUAAGUUUGGAGCCGGUAAAAAUUGUUGAGUCGAAUAACUGUUCAACUAUUGGUAUUCACUUAAAAUAUGGCGAAGAGAGAUGAGAUUUAUACUAAAGAAUACAGGAGGAUACGCCGAUUAACGUCUGAUUUUGCUACAAGACAAUUUUCCUCAGAAUAUGGCCUUACAGAAGAACAAGUUGCAGAAUUUAAAGAAGCGUUCAUGUUAUUCGACAAAGAUGAAGAUGGUACGAUCACAAUGGCCGAACUCGGUGUUGUCAUGCGAUCCUUGGGACAGAGACCUACAGAGACUGAAUUACGAGAUAUGGUUAAAGAAGUGGACCAGGAUGGUAACGGAACGAUUGAAUUCAAUGAAUUUCUGCAGAUGAUGUCCAAAAAGAUGAGGGGGGCUGAUGGUGAAGAUGAGCUUAGAGAAGCCUUCAGAGUAUUCGAUAAGAACAACGAUGGUCUGAUAUCGUCUGUGGAGCUGCGUCACGUGAUGACCAACCUCGGGGAGCGGCUGAGUGAGGAAGAAGUGGACGACAUGAUUCGCGAAGCCGACUUGGACGGUGACGGCAUGGUCAAUUACGAUGAAUUUGUGACAAUAUUGACGUCGAAAAACUAGUAUGCAGAGCACAAACCCAAGCGAGAUCGUCCCCCGCCACCACGCUCGCACCCCCACAGGGAAUUGACUGAGCUCGGGGGGAAAGAAACUCUUAUAUAGUUGCCUCGCAACGGACUUAGUGAUGUGUUUUAUAAUGCUUUGCAGUGUGUUGAUUGGUCGAAGUGGUUUCUACUGUACCAGGUUAUGUUUUGUCAGCGAAGUGAUGUUACGCGUGAGACGAUAUGAAACAAUAUUUUGGUAAGGGUGUUUCGCGGUGUGAUUGACAAUGAUAUGGAUUUAAAACGACGACUGUUUAUCCUCGUUAUCUGUAUUCAAACUCUGUUAAAUACAAUGCGUUAUAUUUCUGAAGAUAAGUAUAUGAUUUUGUUUGAAAAAUAAUCGCCUAUCGAUAAAUAAUAGCAAGCAAUUCUUGUUAUUAAUAACAAUAAAUUUGCAGCGUAUAAUUUAAAAGGGGUAUAUUAUUUCGUUAUUAUACGUCUUCAAGCUUCACAAUUAAUAUAUUUCUGUUUAAGGAGAGCGGCAACAUUGUCUAGAAAAUAUUUUGACCAAUCUGUAAAGUAGAUGUGUGUUCGUAUAAAUGUAAUGUACAAUUGGUUCCAAAAUUAGGAUGCAGCAAAAAGCAGUCUAUCCGUCUGCUAAUUUUAAGCUGUACUUAAUACUCAAUUUUUGUAUUACAUUACAAUCCAGAACGUUCUUUUUUAUUUAAACAUUGUUUUUCCUAACCUUUUACACAUUUCAAUUAAGCGUUGUUUUGUGAGUGGAUGUGUUGAUUCCUAAAACUAUUAAAAAUAGAAUCAAAUAGAUAUUAUACGACUUACAACAUAUACCAUUAUCCAUACCUACAGGAAUUUUUUAUCUGAAGUAAAAAUAAUGAAAGUAAGUCCUAAUCGUAUUCGUUUUUGUCUUGUUAAUUGAUUAAUUCACACAAAAUCUCGUGUUAAACUAGAACAAUGAUUGACUAUAUUAGGGUGAUAUUUCAUGAGUUUGAUUUAAUAAAGAAGAGAAAUGAAAUUCCUCAUAAAAGACAAUGAUAUUUGCUGCCAAUUGUACAUCAUAACUUGCUUGAUCUGUGUGUACGCGAUAUAAUAAUACUAUAGAAAUAACAAAGUGUUCAAAUAUUUCGAAGAUGAAUUAAAUAUAAGCGUUAUUGUAAAAUCAUUUACGGUUUCAUAAGGUGUAUAAUUUACUAUAUGCUAUGUCUACUUGUCUAGUUUUCGUUCCAUUUAUUUGCCAUCUUGUAUUCAUUAAAAUAAAACGCUUAACUAUCAUAGAGAUCGUUGAAUAUUGGUUAAAAAUGUAAUGUGUUUUGACGUAUAAAUCUUUGAAUUAUACGUUGACUUUCCUGAUUUUUUUUUUUGUUGUUUUCUAUAGACUGUAUGUACAUAAUAUAUCUAUUAACUAAAUGUCUAUAUGAGAGAGCUGCUUAUAAAAAUUACUUUUUAAUUCCUUCAUCGGUUUACAUUCUUUAUACUGUACUAAAAUUACUCAUAUUUAUUCUCUAAUAUAUAAUAUCACACAAAGGUUUAUUUUUGAAUUCUGUAUGUGAGCAAAAACAAUAAUUUACCAUUAUUAAUGUUAAGUUUGCGAAGCGUUGCUGUAAAAAGCUAGUUUUCUAACAAUUGUUACAAGUCUGGAUUCAGGAUACUUUACCAUACCUAAAUGUUUAACAUAGCUAGCUGUAAAUGACAUGGUCUAGAAUCUAGAUAGUUGUAAUCUAUCCUGAACCCAGGUCCAGAUAUUAAUGUUGAAUGUAAAAUAUACAUUUAGAUAAUGUCAAAUGAUGAAUGAUUUGUAUACUUUACUUUUCUUGAAACCUAUAAAAUGUUUUAGAAAAAAAGCUUUUGUAAAUCAAAUUUAAAGAAAAAGUAGCGAACGUACAUAUUAGAAAAUGUUAAAGUAUUGAAGAUAUCUGAGCAAUGUAUUUAAGUACACUUGUACGUUUUAUAAAUACUUAAGACUACCAAAACGAUAUGUUAUUAGUAGUAUAUUAUUACUACUUACAAAGGUUACUUGCAGAUUUCUACUUGGUAUAUUUUUUAACACGUUAUUGAUAAAAAUUACCACAACACACUUUCAGUUUUCAAACGCAGAGACGUUAGAAAUUAAUAAAGAAAGUUAAAUUCAUAUUUAGUAUAAAAAUUCAAUACAUCAAUGAAAACCUGUAUCAUAUUUCGUCAAAAUCAUUAAUAUUCUUACUCUAUAUGGAAAUGUUUCAAGUCUAUAACCACAAUAUUCUCUCUAUCUUAUUAUUUAUUUGAAUUAUAAACGACUUUAAGAAACGUCUAGUAUACAAAUUAAUUGCUAAUUUUUUAGCGAAAUCAUUUAAUGAAGAAGUACUAUAGCAAUGUAUAAAUAAUAACAUAAUUCAAAUUUAUAACCGAAAAAGUUGAAGUAGUUCAUGGUUGUGUAUUUUAUUCAUGAAGGAAAAUUAGACGAUCAUGAUAUCGAUGUUUUAAAAGGCGUUAAAUGUGGUGUUGUAUAUUUUAAUAAUUCUGGGAAGAUGAGACCUUUCAAAUUUAACAAUUCUAUAUCGUAUUUCAUACUGAUUAGGGGAGAUAUUGCUGUGCUGUUUUUAAUAUGGUUGCCUAUUGUUCAUACUUGCUAUAAGAGUACUGAAUAGUACAAGGCAACGACAAUGUUAUAUGCAUAAAGAUAAUUUUAAUUUGAGAACGUUUAAUAAUAAGCAGUUAGUAAGCAAUAGAGCAGCCGCAACAACUGAAAAAACAUUCAGAAAAAACAACAUUUCUAAAAAGAUAACCAUACAUUUUUAAGAGGUACCGUUGCUUCCCUAGAAUUAUAUCAAUAUAUAUUUUGUAUAAUCCAACGAUAUUAAAGAUUUUUAGUUAGUCUUCCAUAAUUGAAGGUUGACUGAAGAGGGGAGGUAAAAAGUUCAUUAAGGUUUUAAUGCGAAAGAUUAUAUAGGUUUAGAUUUAGUGCUGAGUGCAAGGCAUUGAUAUAAAAAGCCCUAGAUUUACAAACAUGCAAAUUCCUUAACCGUUAAUGAGAAAAAAUUAUUAAACUAGAUUUUACAAGUGAUUAAUGAAAGACUAGUCUUUCAACUGGCUGAUUGUGAAGCUAGGGUUUGUUAAUGAAUGUUAUAAUAAGUAAUUUUAACAAUUUUACAUGAAAAGGGUAACUUUAUGAAGAGAGAAUAAUGUUAUUCAAAAUACAAAUUAAUAAAUGGCAUGUGUGACUCUUUGCUGUGUGUGUCAGAGAGAAUUGUAUCCUUUCAGACAUCGUCACGCUUUAUCUAACACAUUUAUAAGCACUGUUUUCAUAUUUGAGUCGAAUAUCCAGACACAUUCAACUAUAUGUCACUUUAAAAAUUAUAUGGUUGGAGUCGGACGGUGCAAUCUGUCGUGUAGGCUUCAAGGUGACUUAAUUUUAAGUCAUUGUCACAAAAUGCCCCGCGGUCACAGUGUGGAGCAUUUUAAUACUAAAACAUUUAAAAUAAGCACCACGUACUGAAUAAAGAAAGAAUAAUUAUGUACAUAACGAACAAAUCGAGUCCUCACUGUUAUGGAUAACAUUUAAAAACAAAAUCAUUGAUUGAAUCCACCUUCGCCUUUGCCAAAAGUCGUGGAAUAAAGUUUUGUGAUGGGAACUACCUAAAAGAGCAA